UCCUCCCCAAACCAGUCGGCGCUCCCUGUUAGCCAGCACCAGCAAUCAUGCAUGCCUACACCCCCCCUUUGCACGCCUACGUGCCCUACCCCCUGCGCGCUUACACCCUCCUCUGCCUCGAGCCCAAAUCCCCUGCCUCGCACCCGAGCCUUGCCCCUCUCCCACCUGCACGCCUGACCCCACUUCUAGCAAUCAUACCCCCUACACGUCUGAGCCCCAAUUCCAACAAUCAUACCCCUCUUACAUGCCUCUUGCACCCCCCCUCUCUUCUGCACCGUGCCCUUGCCCUUGCCUCUUGCCUCUUGCACCCUUGUUGCUGCACUGAGCCUGCGCCUCUUGCACUAUGCACCCCAAUCCCACGCCCUUGUCUCCUACACGCUACAGCCAUGCCAUUGCCUUACCUACAGAAAAAACAACACACACCAGACAAAAUCGGCAUCAUUAGUGAUUGACAAAGCAAGUUUUUUUUAUUUAUUUCAUUUUAUUUUAUUUUAUUUAUUUGGGUAUAUUUAUAGAAAAAAUCAUAUGAGGAAGGAGGUCCUUGGUUGAUUUUGGAGUUGGAUUUUGGGGGUCUCUGUCUGGUUCUUGAGAGUAGUAGAGGGAGACUUCAAGGAGGAGAAAGGGGGUUUUUCUUUCGUCUAAAUUUGGGUAUUGCCGGAGGUGGCAGUAAGGGGAAGACGAUUGCUGAACUCACAAAGCUCAAUGAAGGAGAUUGUGCAUCUUUUGGGUUUGUUUCUUUUAGGUAAUUUUUCUGAUCAGAGAAGAUUUUUGGGAAAGGCAGUGAGGGAGAGGGUUGGAACUUGAUCCCAUGGGUGGGAUCCCUCCCCUGAUCCUGAUCUGUUUUCUUCAAAGAUUUUUGUCGUGUUUGUUUUAACUUCUUUAGGUUUGACAUGCUAGAAUUGUAUUAGGUGAUGAUAUUGCGAAUGAAAUCAAGCUUGAAUUUCAUGGAUCUGAAUUUGAAUAAAAGUUUAUUCGCUUU